AUGGUGAUGGUGAUGGUGAUUGAUAUGCAGUUGGAAAAAGUUGAGGUGAUGGAGUUGGAGGUGAUGGUGAUUGAAGUGGUUGCGAUGGAGGUGGAGGUAGAGAUGAUGAUGUUGGUGAUGAAGCUGAUGGUAAUUCAGAUGGAGGUGAUGGUGAUUGAGGUGGUGGUGAUUGAGAUGGAGGUGUUGUCGAAGGUGAAGGUGAUAAUUCUGCUGGUGGCGAUGGUAAUGGUGAUUAAGGUAGAUGUGAUUGCGGAGUUGGAAGUAAUAAUGGUGAUAGUGAUUGAUAUGCAGUUGGAAAUUGCGAUUGAGGUUGAGAUGGUGAUGGUGAUUGAGGUCGAGGCGAUGGUGGAGGUGGAAGUCUUGAAGGUGAUGGUGAUGGUGAUUGAUGUGCUGUUGGAAAUGGUGAUUGAGGUCAUAGUGAUAGAGGUGGUGGUUAUGGAUGUGGAGGUGAAGGUGAUAAUGCUGCUGGUGGUGAUGGUGAUGGUGAUUGAGGUAGAUGUGAUGGUGGAGUUGGAAGUGAUAAUGGUGAUGGUGAUGGUGAUUGAUAUGCAGUUGGAAAUUGUGAUUGAGGUUGAGGUGAUGAUGUUGGAAAUGGUUAUUUUGAUGGAGGUGAUAGUGAUGGAGUUGGAGGUGUUGUUGGAGAUGAAUGUGACGAUGCUGGUGGUGGUGAUGGUGAUUGAGGCCUAA